AAGAGUUGUGUGCCAAGUCAAGUCAUGAUCCAUGGUGCAGCAAAUCCACCUACAUACAAUUUUGCUUCACUUAUUUGCAAUUAUAUAUCUGCCCUCUCGGAAUUGCUCUAUAAUAAAAACAGCUGCUAAUACUUAAAAAGGCAUUGAUUCACUUAACCAUCAAAUUCCUUUCCAUCCCACCACCACAAGAACAUGGCUCAAAAUACCUAUUGCAUUGCAGGGAGGAUCGUGGAGCUGCUUGGCUCCCUUAUUUACGAGGAGCUCAGCUCAGCAUGGGGUGUACAAAGCGAUCUGAAAAAGCUUGAGUGCACCAUGUUAGCCAUUAAGGCCGUACUCUUGGAUGCUGAGGAGAAGCAAGAAAGUGACCAAAGGCUGAACCAUUGGUUAGGACAGCUCAAAGAUGUCCUUAAUGAUGCAGAGAAUGUCCUGGAUGAAUUUCAAUAUCAAAUUCUGCAGAAGGAAGUAAUGAAGAGAAGCAGGAGCACUCGCAAAAAGGUCGGUUAUUUCUUUUCUGGUUCUAAUCCACUUGUAUUCCGUUUUGAAAUGGCACGUAAAAUCAAGGGUAUUAGGGAGAGGGUAGAUGAUAUUUCAGAUAUUAAGGCUGAAUUCAAUCUUGCUGCACGACUUGAAGAUAGGAAGACAACAAUGUACCGGAGGGACAUGACCCACUCCUUUAGUCCUUCUCAGAAUAUCAUCGGUAGGGAUGAUGACAAAAAAAAGAUAAUAAAUCUUUUGAUGCAGCAUGAUGUUGACGGAAAUGUUAGUGUAAUUCCCAUAGUUGGGAUUGGAGGUUUGGGGAAGACUACAAUUGCCAAGUUGGUGUAUAAUGAUGAACAGGUGGUUAGACAUUUUCAAUUGAAAAUGUGGGUGUGUGUGUCUGAGGAUUUUGAUGUUAAAAGAUUGAUAACGGAAAUCCUCAAAUCAGCAGUUGGUAUUGAUGAGAAUUUGAGCAUAGAUCAGUUGCAAAUUUGUUUAAGAGAACAUAUAAAAGAUAAGAAAUUUUUUCUUGUCUUAGAUGAUGUUUCGAAUGAGGAUCAUAUAAAAUGGAUUGAAUUCAAAAAUUUGUUACUUGGCGGUUGCAAUGGAAGUAAAAUCAUAGUGACAACACGGAAUAGCUCUGUUGCCACUAUUAUGAGCACUGUAGAGUCUUACAAUUUAGAUGGUCUAUCUCAAAAGGAUUGUUUGUCUUUGUUUGUGAAAUUGGCAUUUAAGGAAGGAGAAGAAGAACAAUAUCCAAACCUCUUAGAAAUUGGAAAAGAAAUCGUCAAAAAAUGUAGAGGGGUUCCAUUGGCAGUAAAUACUUUAGCUUGCCUACUCUAUUCAAAUGUUGAUGAACAUGAGUGGAUAUCUAUUAGAGAUAAUGAGAUAUGGAAUUUAAAUCAACAAGAGAGUGGCAUCUUGCCUAUAUUGAAGCUCAGUUACAAUCAAUUGCCAUUUCACUUAAAGCCAUGUUUUGCACAUUGUUCUAUUUUCCCAAAGGAUUUUGUAUUCAAUAAUCUUCUCUUGAUUCAAUUUUGGAUGGCACUUGGAAUUCUUCAAUCACCUAAGGAUGAAAAUCUAGAGUUGGAAGAAGUUGGCAACUUGUAUAUCAAGGAGUUGUUGUCGAGAUCUUUCUUUCAAGAUGUUGAACAAGAAAAUAUCUUGUAUUUUACCUUUAAAAUGCAUGAUCUUAUCCAUGAUCUCGCACUCUCAAUUGCUAAAAGAGAGUGUUCAGUAGUGACCAAGAAGUCUGCCCUUGCUGCAGAAGUUUGUCACCUAUCAUUUUUAGACAAUGGGCAAGAAGUUACAACACAAUUAGAGAAGUUGAGCAAAGUCCAGACUAUUAUUUUCCAAACAGACCAAUCCAUGUCCUUACUUGAAACAUGCUUCUCAAGAUUUAAGUACUUGCGAGUGCUUGAUCUGAAAAAUUCAUCCUUCGAGGUGUUGCCAAGUUCUAUCGGAAGUUUGAAACAUUUGAGAUAUCUCGACCUAUCAUUUAAUCACAUUAUCAAGCAACUUCCAGAUUCCAUUUGCAAGCUGCAUAGUUUGCAAACUUUACUGCUUGAAAAUUGCCACAAUCUUGAACGGUUGCCAAAAGGUAUAGGAAACAUAAUUAGCCUCAGGCUUUUUAUUGUUACAACAAAGCAUACUUGCUUGUCAGAGAACGCAGUAGGUUGCUUGAGUUCUCUUCGAUCUUUGUGGAUAUGGAGAUGUGUGAAUCUAAAAUGUGUUUUUGAAGGGAUGGAGGAAGGGCGCCUCACCUGUCUUCGAACAUUGGUGGUUGGAAAUUGUCCAAGUUUGACCACUUUGACAUUGAGUAUGAAACACCUAACUGCCCUAGAGACCCUGAUAAUUAGGGAUUGUAAAGAGCUUAGUUUGAUGGAGGUAGCGGGAGAAGAAGACAAUGCAGAUCUCAAGUUGAGCCUCCAAACUUUAAUGUUUUUCUGUUUACCAAAGUUGGAGGUUUUUCCCCAAUGGCUCCAAGGAUCUGCAAACACUUUACAGCUGCUAUGGAUUGGAGGAUGUGAAAAUUUAACAGCUUUGCCGGAUUGGCUACCACGUCUGAAAUCACUUCAGACACUUUGGAUUGACAAUUGUCCUAAGUUGUCAUCUCUCCCGGAGGGGAUGGAGGCACUACCAGAAUUGUUGAUUUAUGGUCGUCCUGAUUUGAGUAGAAAAUGUUGAGGAGAUCGCUCAUUUACCACAUAUUGUUCUUGAUGAGAGUAGCAUAAAUUUACCAAGAGAAGAUGAUGAGGAGUUCAACACAAGUCACAACCAAUAGAAUCUAGAUGUUGCUCAAUUCAAAGUCACAAGUUCCUUCCAUAAUUCGCAAGCAUUUCUUCAUUACAAUUUGGAUUACAAGAUGUAAAUAAAUAAAUACUUCCUUUAUUUAAUUUGCUUUUAAGUGAUGUAAAUAAAUAUAUAAAUAUGUUAUUUUGCAUUUUGUAUUUUAUGUAAAAAUAAACAUUUAUGUCAUUGUAAUUCAAAGUAAGAUGUGUAAAUAAAUAAAUGUGUUACGUGUA